CGAUGUACUAAAGCAGGCAGUAAUUAAAGCAGUCGCACUAAGUGACCAACAAGCUGUUGAGCAGCUUCUCAACCAGGUACAAAUGGGGGAUAGAACACCAUCACAGUUAAAAACUCAUAUGGAAAGUCUACUAGGUGAUAGAAAAAUAGACAAUAACUUAUUUUAUCAACUGUGGCUUCGCCGACUCCCGUCCAGUAUUCAGCAAAUCCUAGCUGUUGGAGAUACUGACGCUGAUAUAGACAACAUAGCGAAAAUAGCUGAUAGAAUAUACGAAAGAGCAAAGCAAGCAAGCCCUCAAUCACACAGCGUGACAGUAGACGAUAGAAUCAGUACUCUGCAGAAAGAGAUAGAUGUUUUAUGCCGCAAGCUCACAGAGUUGACCCAGAGCGAGAGACCACGAAAAUUAUCACGAGUUGGCACGCGCGAGAGAAGCCAAUCAGCUUCCGGAAGACGCGCAACUCCGCUGAUAUGUUGGUAUCAUCAAAUGUAUGGUUACAGAGCAAGAAAAUGCUUACAACCUUGUAGAUUUAGCACGGCAAGUAAGCGGUACCCUCGGUUGUCCAUGGCAACGCCUGCAGCGAACACAAAGCCCUCAAACAGCCGCCUAUUUUACAUACAAGACCGAAUGACAGGCACUCAAUUCUUGGUGGACACGGGGGCUGAAAUUAGCGUAGUACCCCCAGUAUGUGACGACAAAAGAAACCUUAACACUUCAUUGGUUCUAAAAGCGGCGAAUAAAUCAGAUAUUAAAACAUAUGGCAAACGAAUGUUAUCCUUAAAUUUCGGACGAGGCGCGACAUACCGCUGGGAUUUUGUCAUAGCAGACGUAUCGGUACCUAUAAUAGGCAUCGAUUUCUUAUGCAAUUUCGAUUUACUAGUAGACUCACGGCGCCAUCGACUCAUAAACGGUACUCAUACUACUUCCAUUAGGGGAACACUUACAGAAUCUGUUUCUAUGAACCUAGUGGUAGAUAAGAGCCGCAACGACCCACGCAAAUUAUUGUUAAACGAGUUUCCAGAGCUUUUAAAAGUAACGUACAAUAAAACAGAUCUCAAGCAUACUAUACAACACCAUAUUAUAACCAACGGGCCACCGGUUAAUGCAAGGCCAAGAAGAUUAGACCCAAAAAGGCUAGCAAUAGCAAAGCAAGAAUUCGACAAGUUAAUGAGGCUGGGCAUAAUAAGGCCUUCGAACAGCCCGUGGGCAUCCCCAUUACACAUGGCUCCGAAAAAGAACGGAGAAUUAAGACCAUGUGGAGACUAUCGAGCACUUAAUAAGCAAACAAUGGCCGAUAGAUACCCUAUACCACACAUCCAUGAUUUUACUUACAGUAUAGAAGGUGCUACAGUAUUCUCGAAGAUUGACUUAGUUAGAGCGUAUUAUCACAUCCCGGUCGCUCCACAAGACAUACCAAAAACAGCAGUAACAACCCCUUUUGGGCUAUAUGAAUUCUUACGCAUGCCUUUCGGACUGACUAAUGCAGCACAAACAUUUCAUCGGUUUAUUGACCAGGUCAUCAGAGGCUUACCUGGAGUAUACGCAUACAUAGACGAUUUACUAGUAGCCAGCUCCACUAUGGACGAGCACAUACAGCAACUACGUCAAUUAUUCGCGCGGAUAAGAGAUCACGGUAUUUCCAUAAACAUUGAGAAGCGUGAGUCUGGAAAAGGAUCCUCACAGUUCCUUGGACACAUUUUAACUUCUCAAUGUAUCACAAGGUAUCUACAGAAAUCGAUACCAUCAGAGACAAUUCGUUGCCCGAUACACAGAAGAAAUUAUGACGAUUUCUGGGACUAACAAAUUAUUACAGACGUUUUAUUCCGAAUUGUGCGGCAAUAAUUCAACCACUGACCGAUGUGUUACGGGGACACUCCCAGACAUUCCAAUUAUCAGCAGAGGGAAGAAAGAGCGAAACACCUUCAACCAUCAUGACAGAUGCAUCGAGCGUGGCGGUAGGAGCUGUUUUACAGCAGUUAGUAAAUGGCACAUGGGAACCGCUUUCAUUCUUCUCAAAGAGACUGAAUCCUUCGCAAACGAGAUAUAGUACUUUCGGAAGAGAAUUACUAGCAAUUUACUUAGCAAUAAAACAUUUUCGACAUAUGGUAGAAGGCAUAGAUUUUGCAGUUUACACAGACCACAAACCACUCAUGAACGCACUAAGCGCAAAGCAAGAUAAUUACUCUCCGAGGGAGAUCAGACAAUUAGAGUUUAUUU